GGCCGGGCCCGCCUGGAUGGUGCGACGCUCCGACGGGCUGGGGCACGAGCAGACGCCGCCGCCCGCGGCCCAGGCCCAGGUCCAGGCCACGGGCCCCGAGGGUGGCAAGGGGCGCGCGGCGGCAGACGCCCUCAACCGGCAGAUCCGCGAGGAGGUGGCGAGUGCUGUGAGCAGCUCCUACAGGAAUGAAUUCAGAGCAUGGACAGAUAUCAAGCCUGUGAAGCCAAUAAAAGCCAAGCCCCAGUACAGGCCCCCAGAUGAUAAGAUGGUACAUGAAACCAGCUACAGUGCCCAGUUCAAAGGAGAGGCCAACAAGCCAACAGCAGCUGACAACAAGGUCAUUGAUCGCAGGAGAAUACGCAGCCUCUACAGCGAACCUUUCAAGGAACCCUCAAAGGUGGAGAAGCCUAGUGUUCACAGUUCCAAACCAAAAAAGACCUCAGCGAGCCAUAAGCCCCCGAGGAAGGCCAAAGACAAGCAGGUGGUAUCAGGCCAGGCCGCCAAGAAAAAGAGCGCAGAGGCCCCCGGUACCGCCAAGCCUGACGACAAAGAACAAAGCAAGGAGAUGAACAAUAAACUGGCUGAGGCUAAAGAGAGCCUGGUCCAACCCGUCAGUGACUCAAGUAAGAAUCGAGGUCCUGUAGCCACAGAGCCAGACAAGGAUCAAGGUCCUGUGGUUCCAGGCCUUCAGAAAGGUCAAGGUCCUGUGGCCCAAGAGCCUCCAAAGGAUCAAGGCCCCAAGGUCCCAGGGCCUCCGAAGGAUCAAGGUUCUGUGGCCCCAGGGCCUUUGAAGGAUCUAGGUCCCAUGGUCCCAGUACCAGUCAAGGAUCAAGAUCACGUGGUCCCUGAGCCUCUCAAGGAUAAAGGUUCUGUGAUCUCAGCACCAGUCAAGGACCAAGGUCCCUUGAUCCUAGGGCCUCUAAAGAAUCAAAGUUCUAUGGUUCCAGAAAGAGUUAAGGAUCAAGUUUCCUUGGUACCAGAGUCUCUGAAAGAUCAACAUCCUGUGGUCCCUGAGCCUGUGAAGAAUCAAGUCCCUGUGGUCCCAGCACCUGCCAAAGAUCAAGACCCCAUGGUCCCAGAGCAUUGGAAGGACCAGAGUGCCAUGGUCACCACACCUGUAAAGAAUGAAGGGCCCGUGAUCUCUGAGCCCGUAAAGAUUCAAGGUGUAGUGGUCCCAGAGCCAGUCAAGCGUCAAGAUGUCACGGUCCCUGAGCACCUGAAAGUUCAUGAUUCUGCAGUUGUGGCACCUCCAAAGAACCAAGGUCCUGUGGUCCCCGAGUCUGUGAAGAAUCAAAGCCUCAUUCUCCCAGCACUAGCCAAGGACCAAGGCCCCGUGGCCCCAGAGCCUCCAAAGAACCAAGGUCCCAUAGUCCCUGAGCCUGUGAAGAAUCAAGUUCCUCUAAUCCCGGUGCCUCUGAAGGAUCGAGAGCCUCUGGUGCCAGCACCAGCAAAGGACCAAGGUCCUGUAGUCCCUGAACCUCUGAAGACUCAAGGUCCCAAGGGCCCUCAGCUCCCCACUGUCCCACCUCCACCCCCAGUCAUGAUCCCAACUGUCCCCCACACGGAGUACAUUGAGGGUUCCCCUUGACAUGCCAAUGAAGGAGCUGACUGUGAGCCUGCUCCCCUCCUGGGGCAGUGAAGACACAUAUUUAAUCUGCAUGAAACACGUACCGUAGUCUUGCUGGAAUCUAAUAAAACUCGUCCCUCUGGCUCAGCA